AAAGUCCGUAACUGUAUCUUUAGGCGAAAUCGCACAAACUCAGGGGCUUGCUUACUUAUUAAGGUAUCUCACUUUCUGUCUACCUCCCGUAGGUAGGUAUGCUGUACACCUCCCGUAAGUCAACUUGUAGCAGUUGGACGAAGAAACACAAACGAUAACAUAGAAGAGAGGAAUUUUUGGACGGCCAAUUCCGAUGUCAGCCCACCGUUCAUCGCGACGUCAGGUUCACUUUCCUGCUCUCAAUGGCAGCGAUGAGAACGACAAAACUGUGCCCGCCGAUAUCAAAGAUGGAUCAAUUGAUGAUUUUGCAAAGGAACACAUCAGUGGCGGCUGGCGUCCAGGAAUGGACCCCAAAGUCGACUACUCUGGACACUUUGAGUUUGGCGGCUCACUUGGCAACUUGGCUCUCAUGACCGGUUUCCCUUUGCUGAUGUACUAUAUGUGGAUUGGGGCCACUUAUUACGACGGAAAGCUGCCUCUCCCACGACAAGACCAGUCAUGGUCGGAUUUUGGAUCCCACAUGCUGCACCUUGUGUACACGGGCGCCUUCCCCCACUUACGGGCGUGGCGCAUCUAUUGGAUUUAUUACAUUUUUGAGGCUGCGUGUUAUCUCUAUAUGCCUGGCUUUACUUGCUACGGCAAGCCGUUAGCUCACGAGGGCGGUAAACAGCUGAAAUAUUACUGCUCGGCUUUUUCCAGCUUCUACUUGACAAUAUUCGUUAUGGCUGUUCUGCAUGGUACUGGCUUGUUUCCCAUCUACACUUUUCUGGACGAGUUCGGUCCCAUUAUGUCUGUCGCUAUAAUAUCCGGAUUCCUCGUGAGUUUCUACGCCUACUUCUCCGCUUUUGCCCGUGGAACUCAGCACCGCAUAACUGGUUAUCCGAUCUAUGAUUUCUUCAUGGGAGCUGAGCUGAAUCCCCGUCUAUUUGGCAUUCUUGACUUCAAAAUGUUCUACGAAGUCCGCAUCCCGUGGUUCAUCCUUUUUGGCUUGAGCUCCGCAGCCGCCGCACGUCAGUAUGAACGGUACGGCUACAUUUCUGGCGAAGUGCUUUUCCUUGUUAUGGCCCAUUAUCUUUACGCCAAUGCCUGCGCCAAGGGUGAGCAUCUCAUCACGACCACCUGGGAUAUGUACCAGGAAAAACUGGGUUUCCUGUUGAUUUUCUGGAACAUGGCUGGUGUGCCUAUGUCGUACUGUCAUUGCACACUCUAUCUCGCCAAUCGCGACCCAUCUACAUAUGCAUGGAAUAAAUAUGCCCUUACCGCAUUCUUUUUUGCCUAUCUUUUUGUUUACUGGGUCUGGGACACUGCCAAUGGGCAGAAGAACUCGUUCCGGAUGAUGGAGCGCGGAACUUUUGUCAAGCGCAAGACAUUUCCACAACUCCCUUGGCAAGAGCUUUACAAUCCCAAGGCUAUCCAGACAGACACCGAUGAUCGGAUCUUGGCAGACGGAUGGUAUGGUCUUGCGCGCAAAAUCCACUACAGUUGUGACAUGUUCUUUGCGCUCUCCUGGGCCUUGAUAACUGGGUUCGACAGUCCAUUUCCCUGGUUUUAUCCUGUCUUCUUCUGCGUUAUGAUCGGUCAUCGUGCGAUGAGAGACAUUACCAAAUGCAGGAGAAAGUACGGCGAUGCCUGGAAGGAGUAUGAGAAGCAGGUUCCAUACCUCUUUAUACCGGUUGCAUUGCGACGGAUCUGA